CCCUUUAGUAUUCUGCUUACAGCUAUGAAGCUGGAAAUACUGAUGACUUGAUGCUCUGAGUAAGAGUCUGUGGUCAUGUAUGUGUAAAAUAACUGUGUUAUGGACUAAAUGACACGAGUCAGAACAGAUCAGCUGUGCAUCAGUAGAUUAAUCUGCAGCUCUGACAUGGACUUGAAGCUUUUAGCGUUUCUUCUGAACCUGGACGGGUUCCUGUUUUUAUCUGAAGCUGUGAGUUCUUUACUGGAGCCUGGAGAUGCCGAGGUUUUUCUUGAAAAAUAUGGCUACCUCCAUGAGAACGAUCACAUACACAGUGCAGACAAAGUUACAUCAGCUGUAAGGCAGUUUCAGUGGUUGUCCCAUCUGCCUGUUACUGGUAGACUGGACAGUUCCACGUUGUUGAAGAUGGGGACACCACGCUGUGGGGUAAAAGACAGAGGUAGCAAUAAAGCCUGGGCACAGCGAGUUAACUCUGUUUUUACGGGACAAAGCCAACAGCACCUUCGCAAAAAGCGAUUCACUCGACCAGGAGGGAAAUGGUACAAGCAGCACCUGACGUACCAGAUAGUGAACUGGCCUCGUCAUCUGUCUCAGGGUCCCGUGCGGCUGGCGGUGCGAACUGCUUUCCAGCUCUGGAGCAACGUUUCAGGUUUGGUUUUCCAUGAAUUGAGCGAGGGGCUGACAGACAUCCGGCUGGCUUUUUAUGAGGGAGAGCACAACGAUGGCACUAGCAAUGCAUUUGAUGGCCCAGGUGGUGCGCUGGCACAUGCUUUUUUUCCAUGCCGUGGUGAAGCUCACUUUGAUAAAGCUGAGCGUUGGACUCUAAACGGACACAAGGGUCAUAACCUUUUCCUGGUCACUGCUCAUGAAAUUGGCCACACACUGGGAUUAGAGCACUCACCAGUCCGCCACGCCCUCAUGUCACCAUACUAUAAGAAGCUUGGCCGCAGCCUGCUGCUCAGCUGGGAUGACAUAACCGCUGUGCAACAAUUAUACGGUAAACCAUCUGGAGGUGCAGUGGUCCAGAUCCCAAGCCAAGAUCUCAGCUGGGCCAUGCAGGAUUGGGAGUUAUCUCAGGAGCCCAUGGGGGAUCUUACCCAGCCCCACUACUGCUGGAACACAUUUGAUGCAAUUACGAUGGAUGGGAACGGCACAGUGCUGGUCUUCAGAGGUGGGUUGUUCUGGACAGUGACAUCUGAGGGUUAUGGAAGUGCUCCACUUCCUCUGAAGCAGCGCUGGCCUCAGCUUCCGUUCGCCAUCGAGGCUGCUGCCUUCUCCCCUUUGGAUGGCAAGCUUUACUUUUUCAAUGGAAAGUACAUAUGGAGAUAUUCGGGCACCGUUUUGGACUUCGGCUUCCCCAGGAAGAACAGCGAGUGUGACAUGCCGCGACAUCCAGACUGUGCCUUCUUCUAUGCUCCUCUAGGUCACAUGGUGGUCUUUAAAGGCUCACGUUACUUUGUGUUAAACCUGGAGACACUGCGCUCUGAGCCGUACUACCCUAGAGGUCUUGUUGACUGGAAGGGAGUACCACAAGGGACCAACGGUGCCGUGACAAGAGCAGACGGAAGGCUUUAUUUUUUCCGUGAGCAGAAGUACUGGAGGUUCGAUCCAAGAAAACUACGUGUCACUGCAAGCGGACAAUGGACAAAGAAGCUGCCGUGGACCGGCUGCCAGACAACAGCCUCAAAUGACGUGCUGUGAUCAAGUAAAGUGAAAUAUUCUGGAACAGAAUGAAAAGGAGCUACGUGCAAUUCAACAGAUAACUGAAAAGGUCUUUUUAUUUUGACAUGUGAUUGUUUUUUUCUGCCUGGUGCUAAAUGGAUGCUGUUGUAUGGACGAACAAGAGGAUGGAGUGAUAUAUGAUCAUGUGGAAUGUUGGUACUGUUUACAAAAUGUGAUGCGACUUCGAUGUGAAAUGUGAUCACAUUUAAUCACAGUUAGUGUUUUCAUGCUAUUAUACCAUGCAAACCUGUUUAUGUGUAACUGUAUGUUGUAACUUGGAUAAGGAUUAUUUUUUAUAUUUUAAAUGAACUGACCUCAGAUAGAAAGGCCAACAACAUACCUGUUCCUUGAUAAAGUGAAUCAUUUAAUAUUAAUAUUUAUAUUAUUUGUCAGUAUAAAGAGAUGAAAUUGCACCAGGUUUAAACAUCCCACUGCUUGUGAUUUUUAGAUAAGUUCUUAUACCUGUUAAAGACACCAGACUCCGCAUGUAAUGUUUGUGUUUACUGUGGAGGUGUAAUACAAUAAUCAGCAGAUUAAUUUUAUCAAAUAAAAAAUAUAUAAAAUAUAAUAACUACUUUUAUAAAAUGGAUAAUAAAUAAGUGAAAUAAUCAAAUAAAAAUAAAAAAAUCUAUCUA